UGGCCUCCGGAGGAGGGUCAGAGUUCACGUCCCUCUCUUGGGAUACCAGCUCGAAGCUGGGGGAUGCGAGGACUAGUGGGUGGCGGACGUCCUUCCGGUCCUGAAUCUUAAGGGGCAAAGGACACACGCUGGGACUAUUAACUCAGCCGAGAGCUAGGAGGCGGGAAGAGGUUGUGUGGGCGGGGUCAAGGGUGAAAGGUCAGAGGGCUGCGAAGGGGGCGGAGCGAGCCGGAGGCGGAUGGCGGCUGCGGCGGCUCAUCGUCUUUGGCGGCAGAGGCGCUGAAGCGGGGACGCGGGUCGGGCGCGUCCGGCAGUGGGAGGAGAGCGGCGGCCGCUCCCAACAUGCACAGCCUGGCGACGGCUGCGCCUGUGCCUACUGCACUGGCUCAGGUGGAUAGAGAAAAGAUCUACCAGUGGAUUAACGAGCUGUCCAGUCCCGAGACCAGAGAAAAUGCUUUGCUGGAGCUGAGUAAGAAGCGGGAAUCUGUUCCUGACCUUGCCCCCAUGCUGUGGCAUUCAUUUGGUACUAUUGCAGCACUUUUACAGGAAAUUGUAAAUAUUUAUCCAUCUAUCAACCCACCCACCUUGACGGCACACCAGUCUAACAGAGUUUGCAAUGCUCUGGCAUUACUGCAGUGUGUGGCAUCACACCCAGAAACCAGGUCAGCAUUUCUUGCAGCACACAUCCCACUUUUUUUGUACCCCUUUUUGCACACUGUCAGCAAAACGCGCCCCUUUGAAUAUCUUCGGCUAACCAGUCUUGGAGUUAUUGGGGCCCUGGUGAAAACAGAUGAGCAGGAAGUAAUCAACUUUUUAUUGACAACAGAAAUUAUCCCUCUGUGUUUGCGCAUUAUGGAAUCUGGAAGUGAACUUUCUAAAACGGUUGCCACAUUCAUCCUCCAGAAGAUCCUCUUAGAUGACACUGGUUUGGCUUACAUCUGUCAGACAUAUGAGCGGUUCUCCCAUGUGGCCAUGAUCUUGGGUAAGAUGGUCCUGCAGCUAUCCAAAGAGCCUUCCGCCCGUCUGCUGAAGCAUGUAGUGAGAUGUUACCUUAGACUCUCAGAUAAUCCCAGGGCACGUGAAGCGCUCAGGCAGUGCCUCCCUGACCAGCUGAAGGACACGACUUUCGCCCAGGUGCUAAAAGAUGACACCACCACGAAACGCUGGCUUGCACAACUGGUGAAGAACCUGCAAGAGGGCCAGGUCACCGAUCCCCGGGGUAUCCCCCUGCCCCCUCAGUGAUCCUCCCCUGUCCCCUCCCACUACUCCCCCAAGUUGGGGAAGGGAGCGGGAACCUACGAGGAAAACAGCUCAGGUUUUAUCGCCGACCGGGAAUAGACAACCUCAUUGCUGAACUGCACUGGAGAAAAGGGGCCAGGGACCCCCGCUGAGGUGUAUGAGCUCCAUCUCGGGCUGCCUUGAAGACCUGGGCUUCCUCUGCUACUCCCAGGAAAUGGGCUCCUGACAGCAGUCCGCCACCACAGCCCCAGGAGGGUGUCAACACCAGCAAAUGCUGUAUUUGCAGCAUGCCAAGAUGACCCUUCUCCCCGCCCUCUACUUAGCUGCUGGCAGGGAGGGGAGACAGUGGUGACAGCAGCAGCACUCUAGGCAUGGUGAACGCCUGGGACCAAGCCAUGUGGCGUUUUUUAUUUUGCCUUCCUAGAAGACUCAAGAUGUGUCUCUUCAUUCUCUCUCUCAGUAUUUGUUUACUUUGGUUUUUUGUUUUUAAUCUCAGAGAGAGGUGUGUUUAGUGGACACAAGCUGUAAUAUUCAGCAAAACUUUGUCAAUUGGCACUGUUUACAAGUCUGUUAGCUGCAUAAGCUCAAUAAAAAGUUGGUCUGGGCAUUACAUCCCCUCCAGCAGGCCAAUAGCUGCAUGAGCUUUGGGAGGAAUGGGAGGCAGGGGAAAGAUAUAAAGCCAGAGGACAGCAGGAAGCCACCACCUGUUUCCUUUCCCUCCCCUUCUGCCCCCAGGUCUAGAUGCCACAGGACCUUAACCUCGUUUCUGGCUGUAGCUGCUAGCUUUUCCAAAUCUCAUGCUGCUCUCAUUUUCACUUCCCUCCUGUUAAACUUAAAACAGACGUCUUAAUUCAUCAGGCUGUCCUGGAAGGGUGUUGUGUUGGGGGAGGAGAGGCGCUGGUGAACCUCACCUUCAAUUCAAAUCCUUGAAGAUAUUUCCUGGAUGACUUUUUAAAGGGAGGUGCAUGGGAUUAAGACGAUAGGCUACUUGAUCCCGUUCUUUGCUUUAGUGUGAAUUUCUGCAGCUCCAUCUGUCUUCAUGAUUGUACUUGAAGCAGUAUUAGCUGAAUGAGUUAAUUUUAUUCCCAUUUAAGAUGGAGGGCUGGACUCUGCUUGCUCACUAGUCUUUUUUCCCCCCCUUUUUUGACAUAUUUCCUUUUGGUCUAUGGGAAUUACAGGGUUGCCACUAAAAUAUUUUCCGCUUGUUCAUAUUGUGUCAGAGAAUCCCCCUUCCUUCUCUGGAGCUUUAGAUGACUCUAUUCACAAUCCAGAGGCUUGAAUCUGUAACCCAGUGUAAACUGCCUUGCUUUCCCCCAGUCCUUCCUCCUGCCGACACCUGUUCGCUCUCUCGUCCCCAUCUCCAGUGAAAGAUGGGACUGUUAAUCCAACUCUAGAGAGAGACCAAGUAUUUUCUGUCCAUAUCUCGCACAAUGGAAGGCGUCUCUGAACAAGUUUGAGGAAGGCCUGUAAGGGGCGGGCUCGGAGAAACCUUUGCAGAGGCGGUUUUGCCAACACAAGGGCUCUUUCAAGCCGACUUUCACAAAGGGAGCCGGCCUUGUUAGUUGGCUUCUGUCUCUUUAGAGCUAAGAGAGUAGUAAUUAAGUAGCCUAGAUGUAGGAAGGGUAGAAUAAGCACUUAUUCCCCUGCCUUCCAAAAUGAAGAGGAGAACCAGGCCAGCUCUCAAUGUUCUCAAGCCUGAAGAGAAGAGGUUUUGGAGAAAGCAGAGAACAGCAUGGACUGGACAGACGUCUUGACUCCCUUCAGCCCAUAGUUUGUGAUCUGCAGAGUCCAGCUCGGGUAAACCUGAUUUUUGCCAACCGCCUUCCUGCUGAGCCAAAGUUUUCUCAUCGCCCCUCCACUGGGGAAGCAGCUGAGGCCCAGGGCCUUGCUCCCUGGGAAAUUCUCUCUCCAUCUUUCGGUGCACUGGCCAUGUUACUGUGCCAAUAGUGUCUUAAUUCUUGUUCCAUCUGUUCUCAGCUGGCCUUGGACCCCACAUAGGAGUCAGGGGGAGGGGUGGAAAUGGGUAUUAUUCCUUGUAGUUGAUCCUGAUGUGUGUGUGUAUAAAGAGACCCCUCCCCUUGUUUUGUGUUUUCAUCCCUCUCACUCCCUCAACAGGAUUCAAAUAAAACAUGCUUCUGUUUUUAUAAAAAUGA